AUGGGUCGGAAGCGCUGCGUGGGGGAGACCGUUCCAAGAUGGCGGCGGGUUGCUGCGGGGUGAAGAAGCAGAAACUGUCCAGUUCGCCCCCCUCUGGCUCGGGUGGCGGUGGUGGCGCCUCCUCCUCCUCCCACUGCAGCGGAGAGAGCCAGUGCCGAGCUGGGGAGCUGGGACUAGGAGGCGCCGGUACGCGGCUCAACGGGCUGGGAGGUCUAGCCGGAGGAGGUAGCGGCAGCGGCUGUACCCUCUCUCCCCCCCAGGGUUGCGGCGGCGGCGGCGGGGGGAUCUCCCUGUCGCCACCUCCGAGCUGCGGAGUGGGAACGCUACUUUCUACCCCGGCCGCCGCCACCUCUUCCUCGCCCUCCUUAUCGUCCGCCGCCUCGUCCUCAUCGCCCGGCUCCCGGAAGAUGGUGGUGUCAGCAGAGAUGUGCUGCUUUUGCUUCGAUGUGCUCUACUGUCACCUGUAUGGAUACCAGCAGCCCCGGACCCCCCGGUUCACCAACGAACCCUACCCACUGUUUGUAACAUGGAAGAUUGGUCGAGACAAAAGAUUGCGUGGAUGCAUAGGUACUUUUUCUGCCAUGAAUUUGCAUUCAGGACUCAGGGAGUACACACUUACCAGUGCCCUUAAAGAUAGCCGUUUCCCCCCAAUGACAAGGGAUGAGCUGCCACGACUUUUCUGCUCAGUGUCUCUGCUCACUAACUUUGAAGAUGUCUGUGAUUAUUUGGACUGGGAGGUGGGUGUACAUGGCAUUAGAAUAGAAUUCAUCAAUGAAAAAGGAUCAAAACGCACCGCCACCUACCUACCGGAGGUUGCAAAGGAGCAAGGAUGGGACCAUAUUCAGACCAUAGACUCCUUAUUGAGGAAAGGAGGAUACAAAGCUCCGAUUACUAAUGAAUUCAGGAAAACCAUAAAACUGACCAGAGUGGAAAUGAAUGGCAGGGCCAUACUGAGGGUGGAUACGAUGGAACUCUGCUUGGCAGUAAAGUCUGUAUGAUAUAUGAGCCCAUCCUUCCCAUCUUUAGCUCUGUGUGAUUACUCUGGCUUUGAAUGAGCAAGCCCUUGGAGACUUUAGACUACGUUAUUGGAGAAAGUACCUGAAUUAGCUAUUGCCUAGCUUUUGACCUUCCUUAGCAUAACCCCAGGAUUCUGAUAAGCAGUCCUCAAAUUUGAAUUUAACCUUAGAAUGUUGGCAGUAAUAAUAAGUCUACCAUGAAAGCUUACUGAAAAACACAACUGAGCUAAACUCAAAUGCUAAAUAAAUUUCAGCAUGGAAAAAUAGGGAUACUUAUUUUAAAAGGAAAAAUAUCAAAUAUUUUAGGAAAACAGGUUGCUGUUUCCAUUUAUUUCAAUUCCACAAAACCAUAUUGAAGGCCUAUAGUCUAAAAAUGAACUAUUCUCAGCUCUGAGUAGUUACAAAUUUGAAAAUGCUUCCAUCUCUGCUCUCCCUGAGUUCACAGUUGAAAAAAAUAAAAGGGAACAUAAAAAAAUAAUUGUUAAUCUAAGGCAGAAUAUGAUGGAUGACAUAAGAUCAUAAAAUAGGGAAAGAGGAGUUCCAGGUGGGAGAUAAUGGAAGGUUUCAAAGAGGAGGUCAAUUUGGAGCUAGACUUGAAGAAUGGAUAGAAUAUGUGACAGGUGGAGAGUAGGGGAGGAAAGGGAUUCAUUUAAAGAGGACCUUAUGAGUCAAGGCAUGUAGGUGGCGAGGUACAGAGCAAGUUCUGAGGCAUGCAAAAUAGUCUGAUUUGGCUGGUCUUUCAUUAUACAUAAGGAAGGUGGUCAUUAGAGGAAAAUAUACCCCCAAAACUAUCAUAGGUUGGGUCAGACCACUGAAGGUCUUAAGUCCCAGACUAAGACAUUUGGACUUGGUUCUAUAGGCAGUUGGUAGCCAUUGAAGGAUUUUAAGCAGAUGAACUUGGGGAGGUGUAAGAAUGGAGUUGGAAGAAGGAAAAUGAGCUAGGAAACAUUGAGAAUCUAAGAAUCUAUGGCAGCAAUCCAAAGAAGUGCAAGGGAGGCCUUAACUUAGAUCUGUGACGGUGGGAUGGGAAGAAAGAUGGGGACAGAUAAGAAAAUAUUGUGGAAGAAAUGAAAGGAUUUGCUUAUCAUUUAGAAGUAAGGAAGUUAAAGCUGUGAUCUAGAUAAAGGGACCCAGGUCAUCCCUUUAACCAAGGUAGGGACCACAGGAGGAGAGUGUUAGGUUUAUGCAUUGAUUCUGGAUUUGAAAUGCUUCCUGGGAUAUCUAUAUGGAAAUGUCUAGUUGGGGUGGGGAACCUGCAGUGUUGGGGCCACAUGUGGCCUUCUGGAUCCUUGAGUGUGGCCUUUUGGUUGAAUCCAAAUUUUACAGAAGAAAUCCUUUUAAUAAAGGAUCUGAUACUCUGGGAUCAUUGUAGAGAGGUCAUAGUUGAAGUUGUAAGGAUAGGGUUUGCUGAGGGGGACAAUAUGGAGUCAAAAGAACUGACGAUAGAAAUAUAGGGAAAUCCUGCAAGGCAGAGGGAGGAGGAGCAUUCAAAGAAGUAAGGGGCACUCUGAGAGGCAGAGAGAGGACCAGGCGCACGUGGAGGUGUAGAACCCAUGGGACCAGAGAGCUUCACAAAGGGAGCUGCGAGCAGUAUCAUAAUGGAAAGAAAGGUCAAGCCCAAUCGGGGGCAGCCUUCUGAUAGAGCCAUUUCCGGGGAAGAGUGGCAGCAGAAGCCAAGGGGCACUGGGCCAGGGAGUAGUAUUAGAUGGGGAUUGAAGGCGGAAAAUAUACUUUACUCUUUUGAGAAGUGUGGCAAUGAAAGAAAGCUAGGCAUGGGGAAAAGAGAAGGUUCAGGAAAUCAGGAUUAAGAAAAGUUGUUGUUGUUACUUAAUGGCAAGACCUAAGAUAUGUGGGCAGAGAAAGGGAACAUAAAAGAGGGAGAGAUGGAAGAUCUCUGCAGAAAAAAAGUCAAGUGGAUGAGAUAUGUACAUAAUAGUAAAAGGCUGGUUUUCCCCUCUUCCUCCCUGUUUGCAAACCAGGGCUGAGGGGGCAGUAACAUUCCAAAACAAUUUAAACAAGGAGUAGUAGAGUGGAAAGAACACUGGGCUCAGAGUUUGGAUUCCUGGGUUCUGAUCUCAGUUUUGCUACUUACUAGCUCUAUGACCUCAGGCAAGUCACUGCUUCUCCCUGGGCCUCUUUUCCCAAUCUAUAAAAUUAUCUCUAAGGCCCCUCCUACCUCUAACAACAGCAUGUCACCUAUUUCUCAACAUUAACUUUUCCUUGACAUUCUUUCAGGUACCGUAGUGAAAAGAUGACCCUGAGCUAUGCUGAAUACCUUGCUCAUCGCCAGCAUCAUCAUUUCCAAAAUGGCAUUGGGCAUCCCCUUCCGCCAUACAACCAUUAUUCCUGACACUGAGCCGCACAACCAGUCACUGGGCCUCUCUGAAGACCUCUUCCCAGGAGACCCCACACCUUCUUGGUCUAGCUAUCUCUUUUACUGUACCAUUUUAUGAUGAUAGUUUCCGUUGCCAUGGUGAAGCUUUGACGUCGUGAAUUAAGAUCAUCAUGGUAACGGGUAGGAAAAUGGCAUUUGUUAAGAAGAUUCUGUUUUGUUAUUUUAGAUCAUUGAUUUUUUUUUGCAGCAUAUAUAACUUUUGGGGUUUUAUUUCCUUACAAUGUUAUGUAGAAAUUUGCUUUGCUGUCUCAAUUAGGUAUCUGUCUUUCUGUCCUUGCCUUCCUUCCUGUCUUUCCUGCGUGCCUGCCUUCCUUUCUUCCUUGCUUCCCUCCCUCCUUCCUUCCUUCCUUCCUUCGACUGUGGAUGGAAGAAAGUGUGCAGUUUUUAAGGAUUUUAUUUAGGUUUGUCUUUGGGUUUCCUCAGUAAGAUAGUUAUUUUUUAGUAGCCAAGUUUGAGAGUAAUUCAUAUCAAAUUCAGGUAUUUGAUUAUUACUCUUGAAUUUGUCUGAAAUUCACUUUGCUAUGAGAGCUUAGUAUUUGGGUCUUCACUCCUUAACUUUUUGUUCUUCCCAUGGUUAAAAUAUAUGAACUUUAGUUCUAUUAGCAAACAUUCAAAGGUCCAUGAUAGGGCUUGUCACAGAGAGUGAGAAAUCAUUUAUGCCUACUGUAACUGGUUAGCAUAGAUAAAAGGGAUUGCUUCAUCACUUUAUAGAACCAAUUUACAAACUAAAACACUAUUUUAAGAAAGUAUAAACUACCUUUCAAAUGGGCUUCAAGAAAUCAUUUUGAAGAGCAGCAAAUAUUAGGAAGAGAGCAGAUACGGAAUUUAGUGCCUUUGAAAAGAAUAUAACUAAGUGGAAUUAAAAUGGGUUGGAAAAAGGCAAUUUAGAGAAAUAUUCUUGUAAACUUUUAUCGUUUCUAUAUGUGAAACAACAGAUUAGACAAAUUGCUUACUCUUAAGUAUUUUUUUAAGCUGAAAAAAUUUAUUUUGAGCAAAUAACCAAAAAGAGACAUUUGUCUAUUUUAUAUUAAUUUAAAUUUGUUAGCUUUAGGUUUCAAUAAGUCCUGAUUGGCCAGAGACAAUUUUAGCUACCAUCUAAAGAUAUGAUAAAGAUAAUCUAGUGAAACAAAAGUUCAUAUAUGCCAUGAUUUCAGAUAUGUUUGUCAUGGGGAUGAUAGUAGAGUUUUAGAGAUACUAUAAAAUAGCUCGAAUCUCUUUCUGCACUACAUAGUUUUGAUAGAAACACAUUUACUAUGUUGAUAAGAUGUUAUGUUACAACUGUAAAAAUGGAGUUGGCAUUCAGAUACGCUAUAGUUAGAGCCCAGCUCAUUUGCAAGGCUCAUCUUCCCAUGAUGCAUACAAAGAAAGCUUACUGAUCCCCUGGAAAAAUGACAGAUGAUUCUGGAAAAAAAUGACCUUCAUUUAAUGGUGAUAAAAUACAUAUAUCUAUAUAUAUAUUUGGAAAAAUAUAUAUAAUUUUUCAAGUAGGAAGCCAGUAUAUUGUAUGAUGAAUGAAAGUAUGCUGCAGAAUAUAUAUUCUAAAACUAUAAGAAAUGUCACUGAAUAUCAAAAUGAAAUAGUUUAUACAUAUAUAGUUACUGUGACAAGUGACAGACGGCUAAUUCAGAAUUCAAAACUCCUUUUCUAGUUUGUGAAGAUAAUUGGCUCAAUUCCUUCUGCUUGCCACUGGGGCAAAGCAAACUAACUGCUUUAGUAUUUGAUGGGAGUGCUUAGAAGUUUGUUGGUGUUCCUUCAUCCACAGCAUCCAUUGUUGAAAUAACCAUUUUCAGUUGUGAUGCCUUAACUAAGAAGCCAAUUGUUAGCCUGAAAUGCAAUCUUGGUAGCCAGUUCCACUGAAUCUAGCGAUUUUAGUCAGAAAAAGUUAGCUGUUGGGCUUUAGAAAGGGAUUCUGAAUCCUGUCAUUUCUACUUGGGAGCAUUUUGGAGCAGAUUAGUCUUUCAGUCUAAAAACAAGUGGCUACCUGAUAGAAACUUUUUCUUGCCCUUAUAGGGAAACUGAGCACAAGCUGAAUGAUAUUGUCUGCUGCAAAAAAAAAAAAAAAGUAAAACAAACAAACUGAAGAGAGACAAAAUAGACCAAUAUUGUUGUGAAAUCCAUGUUAUCCAUCAUCUCAUCAGUUCAACUGGCUCCUCGUCCUGGGUGAGCUUAUGGUUAGAAGUUUUUUUAAAGCAAAGAUCUAUUACAUACAUAUAUGUAUGUGUGUAUACAUAUAUUUACACAUACAUACAUACAUACAUACAUAUGUGUGUGCUUAUGUAUUUAACGGUGCUAAUCAAUCUUGAGCAGGUCACGUGACUGGUCAUGCGGACUCUAAAAUCAUAUCAGAUUUUUAAAAAUCCUUGAUAUAUGCAGAUGUUAUACAGAUUUUCUUACCAGUGUAAUAAUGUUAUACUGAAGAAAUAACCAUCCUGCAGGCUUCAAAGGACGAGGUCAGCAAUAUUUCCCACCAUGGCUUGGGGGAAAAGGAUAGUUUUGUCUCCUUUUGUAUUCAAGUUUAACGCACAGUGCAUUUUUGUCUCUAAGUAGCUGUUGACUAAAAGACUUUGUAGUGUAAAGGGUGUUAUACAAACUGUAAUGGUGUGCUUCAAACAGACAAAUGCUAGACCUUUUCACGUUUGUUGUAUAUUACAAAGCUGUUAAAUAUGUGGUAUGAAUUAACUUUGAACAUGUUAAAAUAUGUAGCAUGUGUCUUUAACUCAGAUGAAGAUUCUAAUUGCACAGGUUAUGUUCUAGCCAGUUGUGGUUUAUUUGUUCAGAAACACAAAUGUGAAUUGCACUCUUAUCGCCAGAAUAUUGUAUAAGUUCAGUGAUCUUUAAACAGCUCAGAAGUAAUACUUGAACUUCAUUUGAGUAGCACAAAGUUUACAUAGCCCCUUUUAAAUGUUAAUUAGUUCCAUUUAAGUUUUCCGUUUUCAAAUGCAGCUGUGUAUUUUUCCUCUUGGAAAAUAGUACUCACUUUACUUUGGUAUGUAGCAAAAGGCUUCCAUUUCUGGAAGGGUUUUCUUGUUUUAAAACAAGGUCAGCCAGGUACCAGAUUCUAAGAGAACAAUUGUCCCCUCCACCCCUCAAAGUGGCCUUCUGACUGCAUGAGAAUGUGUUACUUCCCUCUGUAGUCUCCCCUACCAUGUGAGGUUGGUGAAAUUGAUGGAGGAAGUGCAAGGCUUGCUCUUUCCCCCACCCCACCCCACCCCACUUAAAGUAGUUAUAAGAGUUUCAGUCGAGCACAUUCAGUCCCAAUGCCCAGCACACCGAAGUUUGUAUACUGGCCUCUUUUCUUGUCUUCAAAUGUGCAGGAAAUUUGAAACUGUCAUCUGGAAUAGGUUCCACCUCUUAUGUGUGUUAGAUCAAACCAAAGAAGCCCCCAGCCAUGCCCAAAUGCUGCUCCAAAAGCCUGCCUUCCAGUCCUUACAAAAACCUUGCAGGAUUAAAUGUGUUAACUUUUUUAUUUUUGUACAGUUUCUAAGUGAUUUUUGCUAGUGAUGUUAAAUUGAAUUAAGUUUAUUUGAGGGGUGUGAGCACCUCCUCCAUUUAAAUAAACUGGUGACUUUCCUUUUAUUUUUUAAAAGUGGAAACCCGUUGUGUGCCUCUCGAUUUAAGGGUUUCUGAUUACAUUAUUCUCAAGACCAGCAUUGAUCCUUUAUAUACAAAGAUAUGUUUUCCUUGUUUUUUAUUACUAUUUCAGAAGAAAAUGAACCUUUUAUUUUGCUCUGGACCCAGUAAAUACGCUGGUACAUAGACGCACUGAGAAAACAAACUUUUGUAACCACCUCUGACUGCUUUUGUAUAUCAAAGUUGAUUACUUUUGAAAUAUUUGGAUCUAGUUUCUAAGUUAUUUUAGUGUUUUAUAAUGUUCCCCGAAAUUACUUUGAAUCGGUCACCAGCAUAAUGAGUUUUUGGUGAUACAAUGGUGAGACUUGUAAUGAGCAAAAAGCUACCUGGAGUAGCUCUUCUUUUCCUUCUUUCUUAGUAACCUGUUUUUUGAUUACAGUAAGACAUCACAGAUUACCUGAAACCCUUUCCAGUAUAAGUAGGCCCUCCUUCCUUCCACAUUUAAUUGCUUAAUAGUUUGAAGAAACUAUUGGAAAUGGGCAUUUUAUAUGAAACGAAUGGCUUUAAAAUAUUAAAAACGAGCAAAAAGAAAAAAAUAAGAGAAGGUUUAUGUGGGUCUGUAAGGUAUGGCUGUGGAAAGAUAUUGUAGUAGUUUUGACACUAUUGUUAUUACCUUUAAAAUCAUUUACCCAAUAAAAUGUUAAAAACGA